CAACAUAGCUCCCCUUGAUGAACGGACUACAUUACCCAGAAUCCUCAGCUCAAAACACCAGUGGCACAUGUUUCAUCAUGGCGGCCGCCGCUAAAGGGAUGGCUGCUGUAUGUAACGACUCCAGCAGCAGUGAUGAUGAAGCUUUAAGAAGAUGUCAGGAGGCAGUUUGGGAGACACGGAGUGACAAGAAGAAAGACGGGGACAGCAAUGUGCAGAAGUCGAAGCGUAUAGUUGUCGCUGACCAUGAACACGAUGGCAACGAGCUCCAGGUCACACAAGGGUUUCGAACACACGUCGCUAAAAAGUUGGGACAUCUUCUCGACAGUUCCUUCACAGAGAUGCAGACUGAAACUUCAUCCCGUGUGGAAUCAGCUAAAUGUGAUGAUGAUGAUGAUGAUGAGGGAUUUCAUCUGUUUUCUACGUCCGUCCCGGGACAGCAAGCUGUUGAUCCUCCAGCCCCUGUGAGACGCCGGCCUGUUCCCAGCUCAAGUGACAGCGACAGUGAGAUGGAAGCGAGGCUGAGGGAGGCGGCGGUGUCUGUCAAAGAUCUCUUACCCCCAUCGCUGCCCUCUACACUCUCCACACACUCAGCAGAGCCUCCCUGCUCAGAAGAAAUAAAGAAAAAGAAAAGAGCGGCAGAGGGAGAGGAGAACCACGUUGUGAAGAGGAAGAUAAAGAGGAAACAGAAUCAAGAAGAGGGUGCUCAAAGAAAUGGUGAGCACUCGGAGUCGGAGCAGGAACACACGCAAGUCAAAGUAAAACGGAAAAAGAAGAAGAAGAGAGACGGAGCUUUGACUUCCUCAUGACUUCAUCUUUAACUGUUUUGGGAUGUUUGUUAUGUUUGUCACAAGCUUGAAAUAUUGACAGUGAAAGUUCAUUAAACAUCUUUUCAUACCAUUA